CACACACACGUUAACGUUAGCCUCAGUUAGCAUGUUAGCUCCACCUCUAGCUAACAUGCUCGAUGAGACCGAGGCUGAGCUUCAGUGUUAACAUUAACAAGCUAACGUUAGCUCCGCUGACAGCAGCAUGCUAACCCGGACCACGGAGAACCGAACACGUACCGGAAGGACUCAGAGACGUUAAUGAGUUUGUUUUAUGAUAAUCUGGAUUAAGACUUUUGAAGAGUAUCUAACUGUUAAACAGUUAAACUCACCAGUAGCUCCCGUUUCUUCAGCAUCUUCCAAAAAUCCACCGUGGAGCGACUUCCGGUGACGUAGCACAGGUCACCAUGACGGACAAGAGCUGCACGCUUCCGGUACACCUUCAUAAUAAGAGCAUUUUGUUUACAGGCGUGCCGGAAAUAAUCUCUUCUUCUUUUUCUUCUUCGGCCACUAAAGCCUUAAACCUGAAACCCCAGGGACUUACUGUGUUAUUAGUACUUUUACUGCAGUAAUAUGUGUACUUUACUCUUAUCCACUCUGCCUUAGAGCUGGUUAGUAAAACCUGACAGUUUGCGACAGUUGUCGUCGUUGGACGGUGACGUAAAGCGUUGCAGCAGAAGUAAACAUGUGGAGAUCAGCAGCCUAAAGGAAACAAGAAAACACCAGCAGAUGGAGAACUACAAGAAGACUCGUACGGUGGAGCGUCCGUCCGUAUGUCCCUUCCUCGGUCUCCCCCCCGACACGCCGGAGGUCCGAGUCAGAGACGGCGGUAAGAUCCGUCACCCUCUGCGUUACGCUCUGAGUCACAUGGAGGACAAACCCAGACCGGCCGAGAACGAGGACAGGGGCGGGGCGAAGGAGGGACGACCCGAGGACGGGGGCGGGGCUAAGGAGGGACAACAGGAAGCAGGACGGACGCUCUGCAAACAGAUCCUCCUCACGGCCAGCGGGACGGGCGUCUCCAAAGCCAUCACGUGUGCUGAGAUCGUGAAGCGGAGAGUUAAAGGACUCCACCAGCUCACCAGAGUCCAGUUCAGCACCGUGGAUGAGGUCUGGGACCCCCUGGAGACCAGCGCCGGACUGGACAGUCUCACCGUCAGCAGGAACCUUCCGUCCAUCUGGAUCCUUCUCUCUAGGGACACGCUGGACCAGAGCCAGAACGGGUACCAGGAACCGGGACGCCACGACGCCCUGUGGGCCAGCAAGGAGGAUGGGGGGGGACAGAGACCAGGACACAAAAGGAAGCAGGGGGGGGGGGGAACCAGAGGACGGGGACCCGGACGGCAGACAGGACGGUCCAGAGACCUAAAAGGACAGAGUGGAGUCAACUGAGUGGAUGUUGUGAAGACGAACGCCGGGAACCAGCAGGAAGAGGACAUUACGAGGACAUUAAAAGGAGAUUUAAUUGGACAUUUAGAAGACAUUUCUUUGGACAUUAAGAGGACAUUUCGAUAAAAGACAGACUUGGUCCCAAAGGAGCCGAGGACACGAUGAGACGACUUUAUGGUUUGAUUUUUAGGUAAUUUACUAAAACAGGAUCCUUAAAAUGCCUCAACACAGAUUUUCAAGUUCACUAAUAAAUUCUUUAUUCUUGUAAAAGUGUUUUUGUUUUUCUGAGUAAAAUAAUUAAAGAACUUUUCUUUGUUUCUCUUCAUUUAUAUUUAUUGAAAACAAGGAACGUUCAUGUUGUUGAUUGUGUCGCCCCCUGUGGACUAAAGUGGUAGUGUCUCUGAGCACCAGACUCACUUUAGAAAACAUCUCAUUCUACUGCAGCAGGGUCUGACAGGCUGACCUUCUCAGUUCUGGUUCUCUGGGUUUGUAGACCGGUCUCUGCUGGAGGAUAUGGGUCUG